UUAUUGGAGAUUCGUGUUGCAUAUGAAAUCGAGGAAUGUUACACGAUUUUUUAGGAGAAAAUAGAAUUUAAAUUUAUGUUUAGCCAAAGAAUAAAAUUUUAGAGCCUAUAAUGUAUUUUUUUAUGCACCCAGCCCAAUUUUCUUUCUGUGAAACUACUUUUGGAGAAUCCAAUAUGAGACCAACCGUAGAUAUGCUCAAAUCUACUCAAAUCUUCCAUUCAAGUCUCUUCCCUGAGAAUUAGGAGGCAUUCAGUAACAAUUUCACCUGUGUAUAUCUAUAUAUAUACACCCCCACACGUCUCCCACCUUUCAGAAACCUUGAAAAAAUAUAGAGAAAGAACCGAGUUGGAGAAGAGAGUUUUCUGCCGCCUAAGAAGGUAUGUAAAUGGAAAGCAUUCAACUUUGCAAAUGCCUACGAGAGGUCGACCACUCUCUCAAGCAUCAGAGGAUGCAGAGAAGCGGCUACAAUCAGAAAUAGAUAAUACAGUAGAUGAUGUUAUACCAGUUGCUUUGGCUAAGAGGUUCAGGGAUAGGUUGGCAGAGGGCGCUCCCAGUGCGGUCGCAGGUGAUGCUGAAAAGAAACAGCUAAAGGGACGAAAGCCUAAUCAGCUGUACUGUAGACGACCACCGCUGGAAUUUUUUAACUACUUGAAGCAGUUAAAUCCAAGACAGAAAAGGGCGGUUACGGAGAUUGGUUUUGGAGCAGUACUCUGUUUUUGAGAAUAUGUUUUAUGACUGUGAAAUUUCAAACACGCAGCCGAACAGUUUGUGCAUGUCGUUUAUUCGG